AUGUGGCCUCUAAUUAUGCAGUUCCUGCGUUCCAAUGCCGCCUACAUCACACUCCCCGUGGCAGCUAUAGUCGGUGUGAUAGGAUAUAACAUCGAGGGCCUCCUUUCAGACAAGUACACCCCAUACAGUCCUUCCAUUCAAGAGAAACGUGCAGAGCGUAUCACCGAGGAUGAGAAACUAAAAGCGGCAACCGACGUAGAAAAGCUUGUUUAUAGGGAGAAUGUACUUGGAAGGAACCUUUCACCUUCGCUUGAGAAUGGAAAAUAA